CCGGCGGGGAUGGCGGCGCUGACCCGCACUAUUGGUGUCUUCGGUGGCUUCGUGGUUGUGGUGGCCGCGGUCUUCUACCCGAUUUACUUCCGGCCGCUGCUGCUGCCGGAGGAGUACAAGAAAGAACAGAGAAUAAACCGAGCUGGUAUUGUUCAAGAGGAUAUUCAGCCUGCAGGGUUAAAAGUGUGGUCUGAUCCAUUUGGAAGAAAGUGAUGUUGCUGACUGGUUGUGUUGGAAGGCAAUUCUAAAGAUGGAAUCUUCAGCUGUAUCUUCUUUCACUGAAGUAUGUCUUUGGGUGUGGCUGGAAAAGAAUUCUGAACAUGCUCUGUGGGCACAUGAGGAGCAGCAAAGGUUACAGGUUGGAAUCCCAAGAGCUGAAUGAUUCCUGAGUUUAGAAGUGAAAUCCUAAUUUCCUUGAGAAAAGGGAAGAUAACUUAUUCUACUUUAGCGUUUGGUUUGGGGUUUUCUUUGUUAAUCUGUAAACAUUUGUAGAAUAAAUCAGGAGCAGAAUAAAUCAAUA